AUGAAACCUACUUCCAAGGCUUCGUGCACUGAUCAUGAUGAUGAUGAUGAUGAUGAUGAUGAUGAUGAUGAUGAUGAUGAUGAUGAUGAUGAUGAUGAUGAUGAUGAUGAUGAUGAUGAUGAUGAUGAUGAUGAUGAUGAUGAUGAUGAUGAUGAUGAUGAUGAUGAUGAUGAUGAUGAUGAUGAUGAUGAUGAUGAUGAUGAUGAUGAUGAUGAUGAUGAUGAUGAUGAUGAUGAUGAUGAUGAUGAUGAUGAUGAUGAUGAUGAUGAUGAUGAUGAUGAUGAUGAUGAUGAUGAUGAUGAUGAUGAUGAUGAUGAUGAUGAUGAUGAUGAUGAUGAUGAUGAUGAUGAUGAUGAUGAUGAUGAUGAUGAUGAUGAUGAUGAUGAUGAUGAUGAUGAUGAUGAUGAUGAUGAUGAUGAUGAUGAUGAUGAUUAUAGGAGUUGUAGCUAA